CAACUGAAGUUUCCAACAACAUGACAGGUGUCAGAUAUGACAACGGAAUAAAAUUAUUUUUUCCAGGUGGGUUAAUUAACAAAAUUCGAUUUCCAAUUACACAAUUUGAGCACCCAAUCGACCACAUGGGUGCGCAAUGCUUCAAACCACGUUCCUAAUUGUCGUUUUUAAGAUCUGUGCACACAGUUGCGUUUUCCUCUUGCCCUUCAACCCGCAAAUUAAAGUUUUGAGCUUCAAAAUUGUGCUUUAACCGUGUAGGAUUGUCGUUAUGUGAGCAUUUAUUUCAAAUUCAUUUCGAUUUACAUUUGUGUGUGCUUAAAACAAAAUUUUCUUAUAAUACUGGAUUCAGAGACAAAUUCGGAAUAUGCAUUCUUACUUAUGGAGAAGGUUAUAAAAGGGUUAAAGAAGGUAUUUAUUGUAAAAAGUAUAGUUUUAAAAAGAAGUGCUUUCAUAGUAUUCGUAUUUUACAAUCAAGUAUCUAGUAUUUUGGGACACGACCACAUUUAAACAUUUAAUGUGGGACAUGUUUUCAAAUUUGACACUUAACACAAAAUUUAACGAAGUUUGCUCCAAUCUCAGAACAUAGAUGUUCCAACUGAUUCUUGUGUGCCAAGCACUUGAGCGUCGAGUCUAUGGGUUUGGUGUACAAAGUACUUAACAAAUUGCAAAGCACUUAAUAAUAUAUUUAUGAGUAUUUUUAGAGUUAUAAUAAAUUUAAUAUAUUCCAAAACUAUAAUGCGAUUAAUAAGAGGAAAUAAUAAAUCUAAUCAAAUUACAUAAAAAAAUUUUGAAAUUACUUUAAUACCAACACAACAACCAGAAAAUGUCUAUUUCUGUACUUCAUGUGUCAAUUUUCCGGCUUCAUUUUUUUAAGUUCAGAUUAUAUCCUAUAUGUAACAGAAGUACUAAGCAAUAAAUAAAUCAGUGUAAAUGUUAUCGAUAGAUAUCAUUCUUUAUUUAAAGCCUUAUCAUAUAUUUCCUUUAUUUAAAUAAGGAUUAAGGAAGUCUAGUAAUUUUAGUAAUGAAUGUGAACUUCCAGUGUAGAAGAUGAAAUAUUUAACGUUUUGUUUAAUUUUAUCAAUAGUGAAUCAAGCUUGGUCGAUCGAGAAAGAAUUGACCGUUUUUAUAGAAGCGGGGGUAGAUUUUUGUUUUCAUGAAGCAGUUAAAAAAGGAGAAAUAUUAGACAUCGAAUAUCAAGUUAUUGAUGGUGGACAUGGUGAUUUAGAUAUAAAUUUCCGUUUUGUUCAUCCAUCGGGAAGAAUAUUGUUAACCGACUUCAAGAAAUCAGAAAAUAAUCAUAGAAUCGAUGUCGUUAUGGAUGGAGACUAUAGAUUUUGUUUUGAUAAUUCUUUUAGUUCAUACAAUACGAAGACUGUAUUUUUUGAAUUGGUUGUAGAAAGAGACGAUAAUAGUGAAUGGAGUGACAAUAGCGUCAAUUUUAAUACUCAGGAUGAAGAUUUUGAGUCAAAAAUAUACAAUGCACAAGAAAUACUCAAUAAUAUUAAAAACCACUUGAGCAAAGUUCGUAGUUUACAAGAUUUAAUAAAAUCUAGUGAAGCCAGAGAUAGAAAUGUAGCCGAAGAAAACUUCUUUAAAGUUAAUACAUUUUCUUUGGUUCAGUUAUCGCUAAUGCUGGUUGUUGGAUUCAUUCAAGUUGUUAUGGUUAAAAGUCUUUUUGAUGAUCGUUCUAGAGUUCAUAAAAUAUGGAAAAACUUGGAUCGGGGUAAACAUUCAUAUUAGAAUAACAAAAUUUUUUGUGCCAUUUAGUGUGAUGAAACAGUAAAAUUUAAGUAAUGAGUUACUUGAAGUAUUUAAUGUUUUCCACUAAUUUUGUAAUAUUUGCUAUAAACCAAAAAUAAAAAGACUGCUACACAAAAUUUAAUUCAUAUCUUGGAGGUGAAUGGUCAACUACAUGUAAAUUUAAACUUUUAUAAUAAACUUAAUUGACUGUUUGCCCAAUAUAGAAAAAUUUGUUGCCAUGAUGGAUUAACAAGGAAGAUGAUGUAUAAAUAGUUAAAGUACUAGUCAUUGUAUUAUGUAACAUUAACUUCCUUUGAGUCAUUUUUAAUUGCAAAUACUGUUACUUUUAAAUUUAAUUAAAAUUGAGUUUUACAUUUUAAAGGAAUAAAUAAUCUAUGUUUCCAA